AUGGGUCUUCCACCUCAAACAACCCUUCUCAUGCCCCUCGUCCUCCUCGCCUACUCAGCCUCCUACAUCCCCAUAACGAUGUUCCGUCUCCUCAGCUCAUCGCCCUCAAAACUACUUUCCUGGUCUUCCUUCCAACACGCCUGGUUCGGAUACUUCUGGUCUUGGUUCAGCAACUUGCCUCGCCCUCAACUCGACGCUAUCGUCUCCCCUCUAGUCCGCUCCCACGCCUCAGGCAUCGUCCUCGACAUCGGACCCGGCAGCGGACAAUGGGUACGCCUCUACUCCGCCACUGCCCACAAAAUCACAAAAAUCUACGGUGUGGAGCCGAACCUUGAACAUCAUGCUGCGUUGCGCAGAAAAGUGGAAGAGGCGGGCUUGAAAGGCAUUUAUGAGAUUCUGCCUGUGGGAGCGCAGGAUUUGGGAUCAGUGGGUUUGAAGAAAGAGUCCGUGGAUACCAUCGUUACAAUUCAGACGUUGUGUAGUUGUCCCGGUCCGAAUGAUAUUAUCAAGAGUUUGUAUCCGUAUUUGAAAAAGGGAGGAACGUGGGUGGUUUAUGAGCAUGUCAAGACAAAGUAUUCCAACGACUUUGUUGGUUAUUGGCAGCCUUUUGUCAAUUUGAUCUGGCCGACUUUCUUCGGUGGCUGUGAUAUUACCAGACCUACCGAUGAUUGGCUUCGUGAAGCUGGCGAUUGGCAAAAAGUCUCGUUGGCAGCGGCGGAAGGCGAAGGUCCAUAUGAUACCAUUCCUCAUUCACUCGGCACGCUCGUCAAGAGAAAGUGA